GAGCAGCCUCCGAGGCGGUUGCAGGGCACUGGGUUGGGCGGUGCUUUUUUUUUUUCUUUUCUUUCUUUCUCUCUCUCUCUCUCUCUCUUUUUUUUUUUUCGCAAUUUCCACUCGCGGAGAGCAGGAAACCCGGAGCAGCCGGGUGCAGCGGGGCCGCGAUGCAGCAGCAGCAGCAGCAGGAGUCGCCCCAGGGCAGCAGCGGCAGCAGCAGCAGAGGCACUAGCGGGCGGCGCUGAGCUGCCACCACCGCCGCCGCCGAGGAAGAAGCCGGCCCAGCAGCAGACGCGUCCCAACGCUCGCGCCCCCCAAUCCCCGCUCGCGACCUCAGCGCUCCGAACCCAACGCCCAGUUUCGCCAACUUUCACGCUGCUUCGGCGGCUCGGCUCGGCUUGGCGCCAAUGGUGGAGGCCAUAGUGGAGUUUGAUUACCAGGCCCAGCAUGAUGAUGAGCUGACGAUCAGCGUGGGUGAGGUCAUCACCAACAUCAGGAAGGAGGAUGGAGGCUGGUGGGAGGGACAGAUCAACGGCAGGAGAGGUUUGUUCCCUGACAACUUUGUAAGAGAAAUAAGGAAAGAUAUGAAGAAAGACCUCCUGUCUAACAAAGCUCCAGAGAAGCCCAUGCACGAUGUAUCCAGUGGAAACUCUUUGCUUUCUUCUGAAACCAUUUUAAGAACCAAUAAACGAGGAGAGCGACGGAGACGCCGAUGCCAGGUGGCAUUCAGCUACCUGCCCCAGAAUGACGAUGAGCUUGAGCUGAAAGUCGGGGACAUCAUAGAGGUGGUAGGAGAGGUAGAGGAAGGAUGGUGGGAAGGUGUACUCAAUGGGAAGACUGGAAUGUUUCCUUCCAACUUCAUCAAGGAGCUGUCAGGGGAGUCAGAUGAGCUUGGCAUUUCCCAGGAUGAGCAGCUCUCCAAGUCAAGCUUACCUGUUAUUAUCAGUCAGACAUGGCUUACAGAUUGGAGUGACAGUCCAAAGAUUGACUUGGCAGGCAGCACACUCUCUGGCAUCCUGGAUAAGGACCUCUCAGACCGCAGCAAUGAUAUUGACUUAGAAGGUUUUGACUCCGUGAUAUCAUCUACUGAGAAACUCAGCCACCCAACCACAAGCAGACCAAAAGCUACAGGGAGACGGCCUCCAUCCCAGUCACUCACAUCUUCUUCCCUUUCAAGCCCCGAUAUCUUUGACUCCCCAAGUCCCGAAGAAGAUAAAGAGGAACACAUUUCGCUUGCGCACAGAGGAAUAGACGUGUCAAAGAAGACUUCCAAGACUGUUACCAUAUCCCAAGUAUCUGAUAACAAGGCAUCCCUGCCACCUAAGCCAGGGACCAUGGCAGCUGCCAGCAGUGGCCCACCUUCUCUCUCUUCAGUGGCAUCCUCCCCCAUGUCAUCCUCUUUGGGAACAGCUGGACAACGGGCCAGUUCUCCAUCUCUGUUCAGCACAGAAGGAAAGCCAAAGUUGGAGCCUGCAGUGAGCAGCCAGGCUGCUAUCGAGGAGCUUAAGAUGCAAGUGCGUGAGCUGAGGACCAUCAUCGAGACCAUGAAGGACCAGCAGAAACGUGAGAUUAAGCAGUUACUGUCAGAACUGGAUGAAGAGAAAAAGAUCCGUCUCCGUUUGCAGAUGGAAGUGAACGACAUAAAGAAAGCUCUUCAAUCAAAGUGAAUACUUGAUAAUUGAAACAUCACAUUAUUCACCCUGAGUCCAAGACUCAGAUAUUCUGCCCCAGUCAAAAUCAUCUUGUGCCAAAAAAUUAAAGGUUUGAUUCAUCGUGUCCCUGUUUGAACGUUUAGCACAAAAGUCUUACUAGCACAACACAAAUUCCAUCCCAAGAGGAUACUCUUUCCCAUGGUGUUGUCCUGGGUCUGGCAGCGGUUGUGAUUUAUAGCCAAUUGUGCUAAAGGCUUUUCUACCUUGAGAUCUCCCGAGACAUGAAAACUCAGGCAGUUUAGUCCAUAGUAGUACUAUUUUGAUGAUAUUUUCCAUUAACAAAGUGUAAUUUCAGAUUAUUCGUUUAUAGGCUUUAUAAUUUUAUGGUUUUUUUUAAAUUGUGUUUUGUCACAGAUGCCCCUAGUGUUUGUGCUAACCUAGUCAUGAAGCGAGUGUCUCACUCACUUGCUGCAAAUGGAACAAACGCUGCCUGGCUUUGUAUUCCCCUUUAGGAUUCUCUUACAUAUGCAAUUGGAGGUCCAGCCCGUCCCUUUCCCUGCCAGCCGACUCCCACCACUCUAAGAAAUUUUAGCUUAUAGAUGAUGGUAUAUUUACAAAAAGAGAAAGAAAAAAAUCUGGUAUUUGCAAUGAUCUGUGCCUUCUUUCUACCACCCUCUUGAUUGGAGCUUUUGUGAUGCAGCUACCGUGAUUCCAAAUAAACAAAUAAAAAUCA